AUGAUUUAUUUAUGUCGAUUUCGUCAACGAAAUCGUUUAAUUGAAAUACCAAUUACAAGUGAAUAUUAUCAUCAACAAAAUGGAAUUUCACAUCAAAAUCUUAAAUAUUUAAUAAUUCAAGAAUUUCAAUUACAACAGAUAAUAAAAACAACUUUAGUUAUUCAAAUAUGGAAUGAACAAUAUCAAGAAUAUAUUGAUAUCGAAUCAUUUAAACGGAUACCAUUUGAAGGUCGUCUACAAGUACUUCUGUAAGUUAAAUUAGAAAAGAAAAUAAAUGUGGAGACUUCGGAUUUCAUCCGAGAGUUAUGUGUACUGCAAAAAGUACAUGAGACAUAUGAGUCAUUCUAGAAUAUCUGAACACCAAAAUUAUCAUGAGAAACUAGACAAUUAUAUUUCUGGAUGCAGUUUCUGUGCAUUUUGAGACGUUUUUCAGGCGAUGUUUCGUUAGAAAGCUAUGACUUAGUUCAAAACUAAUAUCAGAUUUAGAAUCAGCGUUAAAAACUGAGUCGAUUUAUAUAUGUU